CAUGGUUGGUCGAGAUUAUGGCGGUGUGCCUGGAACUGUGACACUGUGUGUGUGUCUGUGAAAACGAGGAGUUUUUUAUUUGGACAGACGUCACCUAAACACGACAACGUUUUUUUUUUCACGCUGAAAUAGACAUCCCUGGACACAGUAAGGAGUUACCAGAACUGCCCAAAGCGGAAUUUGUAUUAACUAUUACUAAUGACGCUUUUGCUACUUCUAGCCCUAGGCCCACGUCCAGCGACACAGCGCAACACCAACGUACACCGCAAGGCCGCUCCCACACACCCGGCAUGCACGACGCUGAAUGACUGCAUGCCAUGCCAUCGCCACGAGCUGCUGCUGGACAACUCACAAUCGAAUCUCAGACAGAACUUGGAACUUGAAGCAAGCAACGAGUCCGUCUUCUAUCAUGUGGAAUGAUGCUGCACUCGUGAAUGGAAGCUAAGUUUACAUUAAUAAUCCAGAAUAAAUGAUGUCGCUUAUUAAUAUUCUACCCGUCAUUAGACAUUAAUAUCUCAAUAAACAGAAACUUUCCAAUUCCAGGCAUUAUUGAAAAUUUGACUUCCAAAUUUGGCUUUCAGUUUCAUUUCAGCUAAUGUUGAAAUAUUAAACGUAGUAGAGUCUUUGAGAUUGGAUAGAAAAUUAAAAAUUAUCUAGUCAAGAUGAGCAACCAGAGGCAGAGAGGAACACAGUUGUUGAAUGUUGGUGAUAGGAGGGAGGUAUUUGUUACUGCAUUCGAAGUUGAUAAGCAGGACAAUGCAUUCAGAUUUUGGGGACAGUUUGACAAUGAAUCUGUGGAGAGGCUUGAGACUUUGAUGCAAGAAGCACAGGUUCAUGCAGAGCAAGAAAUGUUCCCACCUCCGGGAGCACUUUCGGCAGGUGAUGUGUGCUUGGCAAAAUUCAUGGAAGACGGUCAGUGGUAUCGUGCAAGAAUCGAGAGCGUCACUGGCAAUGAUGUCAUCGCAUACUUCAUUGAUUUUGGAAACACAGAGAUCAUUCCAAGGGUUCGCGUUAGGACCGUUCAAAGGGUGAAGAGUAUUCUUGAUUUACCUCCACAGGCUACCAAUUGCAAGCUUGCCAAUGUGGAACCCAUGCUGGAACAUUCAUCAUUGAAGGCAGGCACGCAUGAUUACCUCCGCAAGCAGCUGGAAUACCAAACGUUUGCAGCUGAAGUUAUUGCAAGAAUAGGAGGGAACCUCGAGGUGAAGUUGUGUGAAGUCAGCAGUGGGAAAGACAUUGCAAAAAACAUAAUCCAUGAUGGAUUUGGCCAAGCUGCUACUGGUGAAGCGAGCCCAUCAAAGAAUAAGGGAUUCAAGAUGAUGGGACUGGACGUUGGCAAUAGAGAUCGUGUUUUCGUCAGCAAUGUCAAUACUCCAAAUCAGUUCUGGAUUCAGCAAGAAAUGAUGAUAAAGGACUUAGAUGAACUCAUGAAGGACAUGCUGACACACUAUUCACAGGCCCCAAACAGCUCUCCAAUGAAAAGGCACUUUUCUAAAGGAGACCCUUGUGUGACUACUUUUUCUGAUGAUGGCAGUUACUACAGAGCAGUGAUCACUAAUACCAUGGGGGCAGACAAUUAUGAAGUGUUCUUUGUUGAUUAUGGCAACUCGGACAUCAAGACUGGAGAAGAUUUGUUGGAAAUCCACCCCAAAUUCCUGCUACUUCCCGCACUUGCUAUUGAGUCUUGCCUGAGUGAUGUAGAUCCAGACUCGUGCAAUUCCGAUGCAGCUGCUGCCAGAUUUGAAGAACUAGUAAUAGAGAAGACUGUUUGCUGCAAAGUGACCAAAAGGAUCGGAGACAAAUGUUCCUUGCUCAUGGUGGAUCCUACAGGAGGAGAGAAUGCAGAUAUUGCAAGUGCGUUGGUUAAGGAAGGGCUUGCAGGACGGCAGGGUAGCAGCUUUAGUAGCAGUCCACCAAAACAAAGCCCUCCACAAGGAUACAGUGCCCGGAAUCUCCAAACUAGGGGUGCUGAUUCAAGAGUGCCAUCAGCUAGGGAGUUAGAUUACAAUCUCCCUAAAUUCAAGAAACCGCAGAUUAAUAUUGGUGAUCAGCUUGAUGUGCAAAUAACCUCUGUUAAAUGUGGUGCUGAAUUUUCUUGCCACCUCAUGAAAGAUGCAAAUCAGUUUGAUCCAAUGAUGGAAAAUCUAGAUCAAACCUAUUCAAAUAUCUCUCCAGGGGAUCAAGGAAUCAAGCAAGUGGCCGGAGGUGUGCCAUGUUGUGUGCAGUUCUCUGAAGACAACGCGUGGUAUCGCGCUGAGGUGACAUAUGUCCGGGGACAAGAUGUAGAAGUGCGCUAUGUAGAUUAUGGAAAUAGUGAGACUGUAACUCCAGCGCAGUUGAAAAACUUGAAGCAACAAUUCUUCAGUCUACCUAUCCAGUCUAUUGUUUGUACUUUGGAUGGCAUCCCUCAGGCCAAGGCAUCAAAGUCUUCAGAAGUAAAGGAUUUCAUGGAUUCCACGGUAGCUGAACUUGACCUGGUAGCUACCAUUGUAAGUGAGCAGAGAGGUGUGUAUAGUAUUAAACUGACAGAUCGUUCCAGUGGGGACAGUAUCAACAGUAUGGUUGCUAAUAUGCUAGAGGAUAGUAGUCCGAGAGGAUCACCAAGAGCAGAAAUGUUAAAGGAGUACAACAAGCAAAUAUUGAGAGAAGGAGAGAAACUCCAGGCUUUCAUCUGCCAUGUAGAUGACCAAGGCAAGUGCUACAUCCAGAAGUCUUCAACAGUUGGAAAGCUAGACGCUCUUAUGGAGCACAUGAGUCAGCAGUUUGCAAAUGUUGGAUCAAGAAUCCCAAAAUUGACAAUCGGGAUGUCAUGUGGAGCCCAGUAUUCAGAAGAUCAGGCAUGGUACAGAGCCAAAAUCACUGGCAUUCGUAAGAAUGGGGAUGUAGAGGUGACCUUUGUGGACUAUGGUAAUUCUGAGAUGGUUAAUCAAGAUCAGAUUAAGAUGUUGUCUCCAGACAUGCUUGAGUUACCAGCACAGGCAAUUGCUUGCCUCUUGGAUGGCCUUGCAGCUGGUCAACAAACAAGUGAAGAAGUUGCCAAACUUCAGGAAUACAUAGAGAGUGAAUGCAGUCUUGAGGUGAAAGGCAAAGAUCACAUCAGUGGUGUUUACAGUGUCCGUCUUGCGGUAGAUGGGAAGUCUAUCAAUGAUCAAUUCAGGCAACCAAUUCAUCAGAGAAGGCAGGCACAGAAUGAACGUAGUGUGAAAUCACCCCCUCGCAGUUCUGGAACUUUCGGGUCACAUGCAAAGUCUCCACCACAGAAUGGGGGAUUUGGUCAGAAUGAUAAGAGGCAAAGAGGUAAAGAUAGCCGUUUUAACAGUGAUGGCAGUGGUGAUGCCCCUGAUAAGUCAAGAUACUCAAAACCACGGGGAGAUAGAGCAUCGGUGUCUUCUAAUGUGUCAGACAGGUCAAACAGAUCUGGUGGUCGUAGCAAUCGUUCAGAUGACUCAAGAGGUAUGGGAUCUGGUAGGAGGUCAGAUUCUGGUUCAUCUCGAGUAAACAAAGAGCCAUCUGUCCCACUUCAAUUUAAGGAAGUCUCAUUUCCAUCCGCGGGAGCUGUGGAUGUGUUUAUUUCGCACAUUAAUAAUCCAAGUGAGUUUUGGUGCCAAACAGCGGAAUCGACCCCACAGCUUCAUAGAGUGAUGUCGGAACUUCAUGCCAGGUACAGUAGCCUCCGCCCUACUGACAAAAGACUUACUAAUACAACAGUCGGUACACCAUGUGUUGCCAAGUUUUCAGAUGAUCAGUGUUGGUAUCGAGCUGUUGUUGUGAACAAGUUCAUCAAGAAGAUAGAGGUGAUCUUUGUGGACUAUGGAAAUUCUGAGAAAGUAGUGAUUGGCAACUUGAAGGAAAUUGUUCCUGACCUAGUAAAGCUGCCAGUGCUUGCUGUCAAGUGCAGUUUGCCAGGUGAUCAAGACUGGCAUGAUGGACAAAUCGAUGCAAUGAAAGAAGUGGCAAAUCAGGUUGGACCAUUCAAAUGUGAGGUCAAGUCUGCAGAUUGUGGAGUGUAUGAGGUGGAGCUAGCAUGGGCGGGGAAAAGAAUGACACAAGAAUUGAGCAGGAUCAAGCCACCAGCCCCACCAGUGUUGUCUCCUCCAAAACAAGCAGUGGCACCUGUUACAGAUCAAGUUCCACCAAAACCAGAGGUUAAAGCCGCUACACAAUCUAUACCAGUUUCAAGUGUCAAGAUUUCAUCAGAGCAGGAGGGCAUGGUAGUUGACCAGGUUGAGGAUGUUGUUAUCUCCUAUUGGGAAGGUCCUUAUAAGUUCUGGUGUCAGUUGGCUAGGAAGAGUCCGGAACUAGAUACGGUGAUGGAUAGCCUUGUCAAUGCAGAAUCACAAAGAAAAAUAGAUCCAUCUGCUGUGAAAGAGGGGCUAGUAUGCUGCGCAAAGUAUGCUGAAGAUGGUGCCUGGUAUCGGGCAAAAAUCAUCAAGGCUGUGCCCACCAGUUCUUCACAGGUACUCUUCGUUGAUUAUGGAAACCAAAGUCCAGUAGUCGUAGAUGAUUUGAGGGUCCUAUCUAGUAAUCUGACUUCACUUCCUGCCCAGGCUAUUCAGUGCAAGCUACAUGGCCUAUCUGCAGCACAGGCCCUGUCAACUCAAGCUGGAGAGAAGUUCACUGAGCUGAUAUCAGAGAAACAGCUGGUAGCAAAGGUUGUAAAAAAAGAAGUGUCCACACUAACACUCACUUUGCAUGACACAAAUACAGAGGAUGAUAUUGACAUCACAAAUGAAAUCAAGAAGGUUGUCACUGAUGUGAAGGAACCAAGUUCAUACCCCUAUCCUGAAGUCGGCACAUCAACAGAGAAUGUCUACAUUACCAAUGUUGAUGCUAACUCGGGAAAAGUUUUCCUUCAACUUGCAUCCUCAACUGAGCAACUUGACACUGUCAUGUCAACCCUUCAAUCUGUUUAUGAGUCUACUGGUCCCAUGGAACAUCAACUUGUCCAACCUAUUCCAUCUCAAGCAUGCUGCACCAAGUUCUCUGAAGAUGAGCAGUGGUAUAGAGCUGUCAUCACAACUUCUGACUCUUCCACAGCUUCAGUCCUUUUCAUCGACUAUGGAAACAGUGAAGAAAAGCCCAUAAGUGAGUUGAAGCAGCCAACUGAUGACCUCCUUCAAGUGCCACACCUUGCUCUUGAAUGUUAUCUAGAAGGAAUGCCAUCAUUACAUUGGACACAGGACACUGCUGAUCAUUUCCUGAAUAUCACUGCAGAGAAAGAGCUAACCUGCUGCUUUUCAAGCACCACUCAUCCAUUCCGUAUUUCGCUCAAAGAUGGGGAGACAGAUUUGAAUGCAGAGAUGAUGAAGUUUGCAGGUAGUGGAACAUCGGCUAAAAAGACAGAGUACUCUCUUCCACUUGUCACUGUAGGAGAUCAUAUAGGGUACGUUGUCAAUGUUGAUGCUGAUAGAGGUAAAGUCUACAUCCAACUAGCAUCAGCAACAGAGAAUUUGGACUUGGUGACAGCUUUGCUGGAGGCAACCUAUGAAUCAUGUGACAGAUAUCUUACUGAUCCUGCAGUCAAACAGGCAUGCUGCACCAAGUUCUCAGAGGAUGGUCAGUGGUAUAGAGGCAGCAUAACCUCAAUCUCUGGAAAUGUUGCACAUGUCUUCUUUGUCGACUAUGGCAACAGCGAAGACAAACCACUCAGUGAGUUGAAAACUGCAACAGAAGAGCUCAUCAAGAUACCACAGAUUGCUUUGGAAUGUUCUUUGGAUGGAGUUCCCAAGUCGCCUUGGCCACGACUCGCUGCAGACUAUCUGAUCAAUGCAUCGGCAGAUAAGCAACUGACCUGUUCGUUUAGAUCAACCACUAGCCCCUUUGAGGUUCAUCUGAAAGUUGAUGAUGUCGACUUAAAUGCUGAUGUCAUCAAACUAGUAAAGGAUGGAGAGGAAAAAGAUGCAGAACCAGUGACAUCAUACCCAAUUCCACAACUAGCAUCUGGAGUACAGAUGGGCUAUGUUGUAAAUGCAGAUGCAUCAACAGGAAAUGUCUUCAUCCAGCAUGCCUCUUCAGCAGAACAGCUCGACUCUAUCACUGCACUUCUGGAAAGUACUUACAGCACCUGCAGUGAAAAUGAUCAUCAGCUCAAGCAAUUAUCAGUAGGCCAAGCAUGCUGUACAAAGUUCACUGAAGACGAGCAAUGGUACCGAGGCAUCCUUACAGCGGUAACCUCAUCCACUUGCAAAGUGUUCUUCAUUGAUUAUGGGAACAGCGAAGAGAAGCAGUUAACAGACGUAAAAGCUCCGACUGCAGAACUCUUGAAUCUACCACGAGUUGCUGUUGAAUGUCGUCUAAAAGGUUUGGCAGAAGCACCAUGGCAACAGGAUGCUGUCGACCAUUUCUUGGACAUCACAGCCGAUAAGGAACUUACCUGUACAUUUGAUGCGAUAAAGAAGCCUAUCCAGGUUGAGUUGAUAGAUGGCGAAACAGACAUCAAUGCUGACAUGAUGACUCUUGUAGGUGAGGAGCCAAAGGACGGUCCAGAAAGUGCAUCAAAAUACAAGUCGCUUAGUUCCAGUCUCCAGGUGCAAAAGAGAGCCGAGAUCUACAUCACAGCAACCACCUCGCCAAGUGAGUUUUGGAUUCAGCCCCUUGCUGGAGAAGAAGCCCUUGCUAUUCUCAUGGAUGAACUAAGCACCUAUGCUGAGAAUCCCAACACCGCAACACUUGCCAGCCCUGCAGUAGGUGUUCCUUGCGUGGCCAAGUAUUCAAGCGAUGAAGGAUGGUACAGAGGAACCAUCACAUCCCAAGAUAAGGAGUCGGUGACUGUCCACUUUGUAGACUAUGGAAACUCUGAUUCUGUGGGCAUGACAGACCUGAAGGUGAUCACGCCCGAGUUGAUGGUUUUGGAAGCCCAGGCAAUAUGUGGCCGUCUUGCUGGUGUUGGCCCGGUAGAUGGAGUUCAGUGGAGCGGAUCUGCAGCUGAGUUCUUUGAGACUGCCGUUGUUGACAAACUGUUGCUGAUGGAAGUGGUCGCAGAAUCAAAUGAUACCUUAGAAGUGAAGUUAAUGGACAUGGGUAUGAAUAUUGCAGAGAAGAUGGUGGAGGAAGGGCAUGGCGUGGCCACUACUGAAAGGGUCAGACAGUUCCCCUCGGUCACAUCCGUUGCCUCUUCAGCUAGCUCAUCAGGAGCCCUUGAGCAAGCUUCGCUUGACCUGGUAGAGAAGGUCUUAUCAGUGAGCCUUCAAGAGCUGGAACUAGAUGUCAGCGAAGAAGGGACAGAUCUUGCUGAAGCCGACAUGGAUGCUUGCUCACCGGUGGUCGAAGUUAAACAAGAGACUGAAGCCAUAGCCCACUUGGUGCUUGAUAAUCUCCUUGCAGAGAUCACAUGCAAUGCCUCGCCCAAUCUGCUUGCUCCACAAGUAGAACAGGAGGAAAUCAGCACUGGCAAUGAGAAGACAGGAGAGACUGAAGGAGGAAUGGAAGACGACGGAGUGGAGGAGGAUCAAGGGAUGGUGGAAGAAAGAGGAACAGAAGAGCAGCUUUCAGAGCAAGUCAAACCUGAAGAGGAUGUCUUUGAUGAGAAGGAAGAACUGGAGGAGGAGGAGAUACAAGAAGAGCAGAAAGCAGAGGAGGAUAUUGUGGUGGAGGAUAACAAAGUGGAGCAUGCUGCACCGGUUGAUGAACAGAAGGAUAGUGAAGAAGCCCCAGAGGGUACUGAUGAACCUCAAGAGGUUGAAAGCAUGCAGCAGUCAGAGACUGUCCUACAAGAAGAAGCUGCAGGAGGGGAAGAUGUCCAGGGAGAAACUGGAGAAAUGCCCGAAGAUGAUGCCCCCAAAGUAGCUGCAGUCCAGCAAAAUGCCAAGGAAGGUGUCAUGGAAGAUGUUUUGGCAGAUGUCCAGUGUGAAGCUGGAGAAAUGCCUGAAGAGGAUGCCUCAGCAGAAGCAGUGGCCCAGGAAAAUGUCGAGGACGGUGCCCAGCAAGAAGCUGGAGAACUGCCCGAAGAUGAUGCCCCAGAGGAUGAGACGAACGAGGAUGCGAUGCUAGAGGAUGUUGCCCAAAAAGGUGUGGUCUCGGAUGCUGCGGGACGUGAGGAAGAACCUGAAGAUGCUUCCAAGCACCAGGCUGAGAACAAUGCUACCGAACUGACAGAAGGUGCAACUGUAGACAAACCUGAGGCAGAUUCAGCUGUUCAAGAGGCCGAUACCAUCAAGUCAAAUGAGGUCAUCAACUUGGAGGAGGCUGUCCAGUCAGAAGAGGCCGUCCAGUCGGAUGAUGACUGCUUCAAGGAUGCGGUCGCCACUGAAGCUGACCAGCACAAAGAGAAGCGAGGUGCAUGUAGGCCUAUGUAAUCCCGUUUGUGGAGAGGUUGAGGAAGAUAAGGCUAAAUAUAAACCUCAAGAGGAAGAGGAGGAAGAUGAUGAGGAGGUGGGAUUUAGUGAUGCGGUCCAAGAAAUGGAGAACAAUUCCGCAAAGACUUCAGAACAGAAUACUGAACCAGAAGCAGAUCAAUUAGAAACUGCAGUUGUGACCCCAGAGGAAGGGGACCAGUUGGUACGUGAUGAAGAAAGGGGAAUGGAAGUUUCCACUCUACCAGAGGAUGACGUUGCAAUUGCAACAGCAGCAGAAGCGGGAUAUGAACCCAAGAGUGUCGCUGAUGAAUCGCAGGGGGAUUUGAGGGCUGAGUUUGCUUCCAUGAAGCUGGAUGACUCCAAAGACUAUACCGAAGCUGCAAGUACUUUACCAGCUGAAGGUGGUGUUGAUGGAGCUGUGACUUCAGGUGACAGCAAAGAGACAGUAGAGGAUGUUUCCAAAGGCCACGCCUUGAUGAUGGAUGGAAGCGGUGAUGCUCGUGUGGUCACCGAGGAUGCCGCUGUGGAGGGCAAUGCCCAGGUGAAGGAUGUAGAAGCUGAUGCCAAUGAGAGCUUUGAGACUGCCCGCGGAGACAUCUCGAACGCCACCAGUCCCGGAGGAGGCGACGCUUCCCUCUACGCCAGCCUCAGCACCAUCUCCGGCGGAAGUGGAGACCUGGACAGCACCCUUGAGUGUGACAAGACCUUGGACCUCAGCGAAUCAACAGAAUCGGGAACCGGGAGUGGUAAGGGAAUCGGUGAGAUGAAUGGCAUUCAGGGAGAGGAUGUGUCUCCUCCUCGAUGUGAUAGUGGAAUCAUGGACGAUCGAGAGAGGGGUAAGGAGGUAUUCGACAUCGGUAAAAAGGAGGAGUCCAUGAUGGAAGGUGCAGAGGUAGUCGAUGGAACUAUCAUCAAUGGAACUGAUUAAGAUUAAUAUCAUGUUUGUUUUUUAUAAUAUGUUUUUCUUCAAAUACCAUGUCUUCCAGAUUCUAUAUGGGUUGAUCAUGAAUGAUGUAUUCUUGUAUUCUAUCAGAAAUCUUUUUACUGAUUUCGUUUUAUCUUGCAUGUUGCAAGACAACGAUUGUUAAAGGUCAAGUCCACCCUCGAAAAUUGUUAAUUCGAAUCGAUAGAGCAAAAUCAAACAAACAUAAUGCUGAAAAUUUCAGCAAAAUCUGAUGUAAAAUAAGAAAGUUAUUACAUUUUAAAGUUUCGCUUAUUUUUCACAGUUAUAUGCACAACUCAGUGAUAUGCAAAUGAGAGUCAUUGAUGUCCCUCACUCAUUAUUUCUUUUGUUUUUUAUUGUUUGAAUUAAACAAUAUUUAAAGUGACUGACUUAAUCAUAAACUGUUUAAAUAAUGGCAAUUCCACAUGUUCAGGGAGGAAUAAAAUUUAGUUUCACAUGACAAUGUAGAAAAUUCAAUGUUUCUUCCCCAAAUUUGUGAGAUUUUGACUUUUUCCAGGAAAGGAUUGGGAAAUUAAAAAUUCCAGGAAAUCAGAAAAGCACAAUCAAACCACAAUUAAACAUAGCAUCUUUUAAUAUUCAUGUUGUAUUUAAAGAAUUGUUUAGAUCUAUACAUAGCUCGAAAUUUUCAGCUCGCGCUCUGCGCUCGCAUUUCAUAACUUUGUUCCUAUUUCUAAAGAGGAUGUGAACAAAAAAAUGUUAAAUUCCUUGAUUUUGGUCACUUCGACCAAAUUUAGGCUCGCUGUAUUAUUGCCCAAUUUUAAUAAAAAUCAAACUUGAAAAUUACAGGAAAUGUCUAUGAAUUUCGGCAAAUUUUUGAUUUAGUUUCAGGAAAUUUGUUUUGGAUCUGUGGAAACACUGAGAAAGUUAGAAUUUGUCAUGUUUCAUAUGAUAAAACACAAAAGAAAUAGUGAGUGGGUGACGUCAUCGGUCUUAUUUGCAUACCGACCAGGAUGUGCAUAUGACUAUUUGCCAAAUUAAUGCAAAGAUUUAGAAUGUCAUAACUUCCCUAUUUUACAUUUGAUUUUGAUGAAGUUUCUUAAAAUCAACUUUUCAUUUGGGUGGACUUGCCCUUUAAAAGCUAUAAGUUCAAGAUGGUUUGGAUAAUUGUGUCCAGCUUUAUAUUUAAGUCAAACUCAUGUAAUUAGUUAGACUAUUUACCCAUGUAGAUUUGGUAGUGUAUAUGUUUAGUUUAAUAAUAUUCAGAUGGUUGUAUUUACUCACCCAAUCCUCUAGUGUGUGUGAAUGUGCAUCUCACUUUCUCUCCGUCUCUCUACUUCUUUCUCCGUCUCUUUACUUCUUCUUUCCACCUUCCGCUUAUGUGAAUAUCUCGCACUCUCUUAUUCUCCUUCUCUCUUUCUGAUGCCCUCUCUCUCUCCCUCUCUUACUAUCACUUAUAAUCUCACCCUCUUUUAUUGCUCACUCUCUGUCAUUUUACUCUGUAUCUCUGCCACCCAUUUCUUCCCAUCGCCUUCUCUCUACCCCCCCUCCUCCCUUCUCCCCCCCCCCCUCUUCCUUGCUCUCUCUCUCUCUCUGUGACUCUUCCUCAAUACAUGUCACAUUCUUGCUGUCUCGUUUUUGUAUCUGAAUACUCUACAGUAUUCAAACUUUAAGCAUGAAUAUGCAGCUGAAAGAUAUGAUCCUAAGAUAACAUAUGAAAAAAAAUUGGUCCAUAUUCUGAACACGGGGCUAACCCAUAGCAAUCGUUCAAAAUAUCAGGGCAAACAUGCCAUUGCCAGCAGUGAAUUGAUGAUAAAUGUUAGUGUCCCCUUUACACCAACUGGAAAUAAAACAAUCCUAUUGGACAGUAUUUUCCAAAAAUUCUAAUCUGGAAAAUCCCUUUAUGAUAUACAUUUAUGUUUAUCAGAACUACUUUCAAGACAAAAAAUCUGUGUUGAUAUUUUGAAAUGCACACCCACUACAUCAGCCUACAUAAUUCAUUAUUCUGACAUUUGUCCCUACACAUAACAAAGCCAGGUAUUCGAAAUAGAUUUUUUUUUCACUUGUCCUGGAGUUCAGAAUAUGGGCUAUUGUAUGUAAACUUCUCAGGAGAGUUGUGUGACUACAGUAUAUAUGCUUUUAUUUAGUCACUUUUACAUGUACAUUUAUGUACAUUUGUUUAAUUGUUUUGUGUUGUUCAUGGUUGCAGGUGGCAACUAACAAAUUUGUAUGUCUAUUAACUAUUCUAAUUUUUCAUAAAUAAUUGAUCAAUUUUGUCUUAAGGUCUCUUCAGAAGAAUGUUUUAAUGGAAAUCAUAUGCAUCAAUCAAAAGGUCAAGUCCAUGUUUCUUUUUUCUUUUCCCAUUGCUUUCCUCACAAGUGAUACAGAACGCCAAGACGUUUGCUUCAUUUUGUAAAUGUAUUGAUUUUUAGACUUUCUUUUUUUCGGUUAAAGGCAUAUGCUAACGUUGUAGACAUGUAAUUUAAAAAAUAUCAAAGGAGAGAUGAAAUAUGUACAUGAAUGCCUUUCUGUCAACCUAAAAACUCUAAAACAACAAAGAAAUCCUUUCGAUAUACGUUAUAAUUGAUGGUUUUGUGUAAUUUCUAUCGUGCCGAUAAUAAUAGAACACAUAAGUGUAUGGAUGAAAUUAAGAUGGUAUUUCCGGUCACUUUAUAUUUCACUUUUUUGAAGCACUUAAUAAUGAUUUUUGGACGCGAUUUUUUCUGGGCUUCAUUUUUGUAACAUAUCACAGGUGCAGGUGACAAGUGGGACCUCGCAGCUCAGAUUUUUUAAAGUCAAAUCAAUGUUAGCAAAUACCUUUAAGACUUCUUCACUGUACACUAGUUCAACUCCACUUCUGUUCGGGUAGAUUUGGCUUGUGAUGACUGAGAGAUUCAUACAUUUUGCCACUAGGCUUUUCAUGUAGUCUGCAUAUACAGACCCUGAUCGAAGCUUUAAAUAUCAACAGGUGGAUAUUGAGAAAAGUCAAACAUAAAUUCAGUACACAAGUCCUAAUCAGGGCCUUUAGGGUGCCAUUUCUUUUAAGAAAAUCUCAAUGUGCCAUAUAAUCCCCCUCCAUUAUAAGAUAAGUUUGGUUAAAUGAAAGUCUUCAGAACUGUAAUAAUAUUUGUAUUGUAGUAGGGGUAGAAGUAGUUUUAGUAGUA